AUGAGAGUGAAAACCGCCCUAGCUUUGCUUUAUGGAGCUCUUACCUAUCGAUGGUAGGAAACUUGCUAUCAUUCUUUCGAGCGACACGCACAUCCCAUUGGCUACUUCAUCUGGAUGCUGUCCGUCUCAUGAUUCCAUUGUUCUUUGCAUAUGACAGAAUAAACUACUCAAGGAAAGUAUAAAAGAAUGUCAGAAUGUUAGCUACAGUAAUAAAAACAUUCGGCUUUAGACCGUUUUCUCGAUGAAGUUAAUCUUGAACUCUCUCACUUUUGGUCGAGUUAAAGGUUAAUUGCUGAUUUGCUGAACUUUGUUAAAUGUGUAUGGAAGGACAGUGAACUGUACAACGACAAGCACAGCACUUUUUGCGUCAAUUGCUUGCGAUCAGGCGAUAGAGCAAACUGUAAACAGAGAUACUAAAUCUACCGGAGGUCGUCGUGGCAUUUCGCUAAAUCGGGGUUGGUUUUGUUACAUUUUACACCUUUUUAAGUUGAAUAUAAUUGUUAUUAUUUGUAUAUAUUUUCAGCGUUAUGUAACAGUUGCACUAAUAUCGUACAAAUUAUUUUUAUUAUCAUAGGAGCUGUAAGACGAUGGCUAUUAACACAACCUGACAGAGCAGCAAUCAGUCAAAAGUGUCAAGAAAUGGCUAGCAUCAGUUCUAACAACAGAACGCCAAAGAGGUUGGAUAAAACCCGAAAUGAAGCUGACGAGCAGUCGGUACAAAACAUCCUUUCCACCAUUGACAGCAUGAUCAAUCCUUUUACCCAUGACUCGGAAGAACUUGUUUCCUUAAGUUCAGGCUUGGUUGCUUCAACUGAUGUAAAAUCGGACUUGCUAAAAGCCGAAAACAGGGGAGAAGAAGCAGCUGUUAGGUAACUGUUUGUUUUGUAUCUUGGCUGAAAUUUAUGCUAAUUAGAGUUUAGGCAUUCUGCAUGUGGUUGGCAUUUACCAGUUAUAUAUGAGCAUGGAUGUCUUGGAAAUUUUGAAUGUACAUGUAAGUUAUCUAAUAUGUGUUUGAUAAUGGUUUUUCUAUCCACAGCUACAUGAAAGAGUGUGUGAUUGACAAGGAUAAAACUAUAUUCGAUACAUUGAAGGGAAUGAAGCUCAAAAACUUUGGAGAUGUUCAGACGAGACCCAGCAAGUCAUUCAAGCUUAACUUGUUGAAACAUGACAAGAAUAUGUUCUCUCGUCUUCUUGUUGCUAUCAAGUCGAGAAAUAUAAACCUGCAAGAAGUGCUUAAAUUCAGCCUUGGUCCUAUUUCGUAUUCACUUGCAUGUGCUGAUGGAGUGAUGGUAGCUUGACGAAAACCAACAAGGCAGUGUUGUUGAAAGUGAUCGAGCAAGAGGUGCCUAACAAUCGCCAUAAUUAUAAUAUAAGCUCCACCUCAAGGCUCGGCACUGAUGAUAGAUGGUAUGGCUGUUCUGCAAUGUUUGAAGGUGGCCAAAAUUCCACCCACAUUUAAAGAGUUGGCACAGAUGAUCCUUGAAAUGAUUGUGAAGAUAAUGUUGAUAUACAACAGCAACAGAGUAGAUUUCGGCACAGAUAGAUAUCCUGAUCUUAGCAUCAAGAACUGUGAGAGAAAUAGAAGAGCAGCAGAUGGAUAUCAGCCCAUUGAGAUAUUCAGUGGUGAUCAGAAGGCACCUACGCAGUGGAAGAAAUUCUUGAAUUGUGGUUCAAACAAAGAAGCACUUGUUGAAUUCUUGUUCAAGUCCUGGUGCCAAGCAAUCCUUUCCAUUACCACGUACUCUUGAAGUUCAUUUGUUCAUUGCCCAUGGCGAUUUGUGUGAUCGUUUAUGUUUUGGCAACCGGACACUUCCAACAGUACGUCCCAUUCCAGAGCUGACCUGCAGUCACGAGGAAGCAGGCACACGGUUGCUUCUCCACGCACAUCACGCUGCUGUAUCUGGAUGGUCAGACGUAAUUAUUAGGAGCCCAGAGACGGAUGUUGCAAUCAUCAGCUUGUCAAUGCAAGAAUCUUGUCAGGCAAACUUAUUCUUUGCUACAGGCAAUAAAGAUCAGCAACGCAUUCUUGACAUACGCUGCAUGGUUGAGCAAGUUGGUCCUACGGUUUGUGCAUCAUUAAUUGGCCUCCAUGCCUUCACAGGUUGUGACUCGAUCAGUUCCUUUAUUGGGAAAGGCAAGGCUACUUCCUUCCAUUUUGUGAAGGAAAACGACCGGUAUGUAAUGGCAUUGACACAAUUGGGUCCAUCCUUCAACGCCGAGAGAGAGCUUAUCACUCCGUUGGAAGCACUAGUAUGUCAAGUUUGUAAGUCCAACACUGAAUCAGUUGACAAGUUAAGGUACCUUCUAUUUUGUACCGGCUCGAAAGAUGGAGCUUCCUUGCCUCCAACACAAGACGCAUUAACACAACAUGUGAAAAGGGCCAACUAUCAAGCCACUAUUUGAACUAUUUUUUAUUUAUAAAUUUUUCUUAGGAAAAAUUAAGUUUUUAAACAUUAAGUUUUUAAACCUUUUUUGUUUAUUGAACAUUUAUUGGUUAGGGUGAGAAAAGGGUUGUGGUGCUGGUUAUGGUCAGUUUAUUUUAUAAAAAUUGGAAUUUUCAACUUUCAAGUAACAAGUUACCGUACGUGAAUAGCAAACCAAUGUUAAACGAAUAGCCACUUCGUUUUCAAAAACAACUUCUAUUAUGCCUUUACGGGCGAUGUCGCGAUGGAAAUAUGAUUAGAACCGGACGAACAAAUGACGAAAUACAAACAUGAACGGGCUUCGUGAAAAGAAAAAGGUUCAAGAGUACUUCGAAAACAAGAAGAAAAUAGUAGAACUACGGUAGAAGCAAUAUUUGUAGUGUUUUAAUAAUAUAAAUUAAAACUGUAUAUUAAAAAUAUCUAUAUUUUAAGUGUUUUAUUACUGUGCAUUUGCAAAAGGGGUAUGUCACUCUGUAAGAUUUAAUAUCACAAUAUUAUUCAAGGUGAUGCUUGUGAUGUACUCUGAGUGUAUAUCGACACCGGGCAAGCUUGAAAAAUAUGCCUGUCCAUGCACGGUGAGAAUCGAACCUACGACCUUUGGAAUACUAGUCCAAUGCUCUGACAACUGAGCUACGCGGUCAAGUCGGUUCGAGUAUGUGAUAUUUGGGAACAGAAUCUAGUUCCUUCGAUACCAAUGUAAUCUAAUAAUCAUAUUUUCUGUGUUGGUGUGAUGUACUCAGGUGAAUAUGAUGCUUGUGAUGUUACUUUGAGUGUGUAUCCACACCGGGCAAGCUUGAAAAAUAUGCCUGUCCACGGUGAUUAUCCCAUACCUGUGUUAAAGCGGCUUUCUGAUUAGCCUGAAAACGGACCUACGUUUCGCCCGGCCUAAAAUUCGCGGGUCGACGAAGGACGAAACGUAGGUCUGAUGAAAAUGUUUUCAAAACGCCGUGGAAUGCGAUCGCCUGGUGGUCGGAAUAGCUGAUUGGCUAAUUAACAGGGAAAUGGGUUGUAAUUGGUUGCAUGGUUGCUAACAUGAAAAGAUUUGAAAAGAUGAGAAUAUAUUUUUAUAAGUAAUAGCAUGGCUUGAGGGAGAUUAGUGAUUAAAUGGCCCCGUAACCCGAGGCAGGUUUGCGGAAUUCCCGAGGGCGAAGCCCGAGGGAAUUCCGCAAACCUGCCGAGGGUAAGGGGCCAUUUAAUCACUAAUCUCCCGAAAAGCCAUGCUAUUAGUUUGUAAUAGCAUAGUUUCGCUCCCAUUUAAAAAUGGACAAACAUGCCCUACUUGGAAUCAGCGUAUUUAAGCUAAAACAUUUGCUUCAUUGCUUGUGGGAUGUAAAAGCUUGUUGCACAUGCGCACUUUUUACGCUUUAAUCGGUUACGCAUGCGCAAUCUAUGAUUUAACGCACCACAACAAAAACGCUAAAUAUAUUAGUAUAAAUUUGGAGACUGCACGUGCGUAAUUUAAAUGAUGCGGCGACUCCGGGAUCGGAUGAUAGACUAUUGACGGCUCUGAGCUAACUGUUGCUGUUCCUUGCACGAUUAUGUGCGUGAGGCACUUGCCUAAUGCGUAGUCGUCAGGGAGACAAAGGUGUGACCCUUGGUAACGGGCGAUUAGUUCUAAUCGCCCGCUCUAGCGGGCGAUUAGAACUAAUCGCCCGCUACAGCGGGCGAUACGUGAUUAAACGUCCCUGUUGAAACAAAAGAAACCCGGGCAACUAUGCUAUUAUUUACAGAUAAAGCACUGAACAUACUUCUUAAGUUUGUUUGCAGCUUAAGAAACGUAUAAAAAUUUACAAAAAUUGAACAUAUUCGUUGAGCUUGUGGUUAGAGCUCGACAACUGGCCUCUGUAGCUCAGUUGGGUUAGAAGUCCCUUAAUAAAACCCGACUAUCAUCUUGUCCUUUUAGUGACCUACAAGACCCUUAGUAAAACGUGACUAUCAUCUUGUCCUUUUAGUGUUAUGGUGAGCGCUCCUGAAGCAGCCAGCCAAUCCGUUGGUCGACCGUGUGGACUGGGACUGGAAAUCCCCGGCCUCAAACUGCCCGAAGAUUUCGACCUUCUCACGGCUAUACUCAAACGACCAGCCAGUGCAGCGGAGGAACCCCUGAAGUUAGUCCUGAACUCUGAUAACACCCUAAGUGUCUCGUUCAUCCCCAAAGAGACCGGAGAACAUCUGAUUAGUGUAUUCAAGAACAAACGUCACGUGACAGGAAGCCCGUUCUCUGUGAUGGUCAGCGGUCCGGGACCGGCUGAUCCUUCGAAGGUGAAAGCAUAUGGACCAGGUUAGUAGCGAGUUUGCGCAUCUAAGACAACAACGUCAGGACGACGGCUAUUAAAAAUACAAUGGCAUUAAUGCUAUCGCACAAAUGAAGCAAAUAAUGAAAAGUAUAGCAGAGGUUUUAGACGUCAUCCAAGCUCUGCUGAGAAUGGCAAAAUGUAUUUUCACGUCUUGGUUUGUAUGUUAGCAUUUCAAGCCAUGACGGGUAGUUUUUCUUGUAGCAGAGUUGAUCAAAAUUACUCUGAAGGUUAUGCAGAUCUUGUGCUACUCGUUCGAAACUGUAUUUUUAAAAUUCAUGCGAAAGUUAAUACAAGAUUUUACAACAGUAAAGACAAGAUUUUCAUACAAUCACUUAUUUCAAGAUUUUACAACAGUAAAGACAAGAUUUUCAUACAAUCAUUUCAAACAGUUUGCUUGGCCGUCGUCCUGAUGACACCAAUACCUCACAUAUUGGGGAAAAAUUAUUUACAGAGAAGUUUGUAAUUCUCGCCAAUUGGUUGAUUAAAGACGGGGUCAAGUCUGCUCUGUGCAUGGCUAUGUGUGAGGACCCUCUAAUACAAACAAUACCCAAAUUUCACGCUGUUUCGACAUCUUCCAAAUUGAAACUCUAAUCUAUGUACUAUUUAAAGCAUAGCAAACUAGAACGUUGUUAGAUAUUAACUAAGUACAUCAUAUUUUCUGAAUACAGUAUACAGUGUGCUCAAAAUGUAAAUAAACCUCGCUCUUGACCCCAUCAUUAAUUUACGCUUCAUGAAAUUGAAUCUAUUUUCUUCUGAAGGUUUGGAAUCUGGUGUUGUCGACGAGAGAUCGGAAUUCACCGUGAAUACCCGUGAUGCGGGCUAUGGGGGUCUGGGACUCUCAAUCGAAGGACCAUCUAAAGCCGAGAUCAACUGUGUGGACAACGAAGAUGGCACGUGCACCGUGGACUUUGUACCCUCCGAACCGGGCGACUACACGAUCCACGUCCGCUUUGCCGAUGAAGAAAUUCCCGGCAGUCCGUUCACUUGCAACGUUGCUCCGAAAGGCGGGAAGAGACGGCCAAUCGUUGAAGAAGGAAUAUCCAGAGGUGUCGUUGAAGACGUCGAGAAUGCGCCUGCGCAGAGGACCUCUCAACUUCUGGACGAUCUUAUAUCAUUUAGUCCACAACAGCCCCACGACUUCGCAUUGGACCUGGCGGGAUAUGAUCUGAAAAAUUUGAAAGCCAGUGUGGAAACACCUUCUGGAAAGACGGAACCGGCCGAGAUUGUGGAAAGCACCAAGGAUACGUAUACCAUUCGAUUUGUAACGAAAGAAGGAGGAAUCUAUAAGGUUUGUGGGUUUGUAAUGAUCGGUUUAGUCAUAGGCAGAUUGAGAGUGCCAAAGAAACCACGAUUAGGUGUUCUAGGCUGAUCACCUUAUUAGGAUACCUUCAGGCACUGGCGAAGCCAGCCCGACAAUUUGGUCAUGCUAUGCAAAUUUUAAGUACUAGUUAAAACAUGAGCAGCCGGUCUUUGUGCGAUUAAGGUGGCUCCAUACACUUUUCAUCAUUGGGGGACUGGUACCUAAUCUUCAGUUCUCGCGCGAAAAUGUUAAAAAUAUAUGCAAAAAUAAAUACAACUUUUUCGGUAUAAAAUCCGAACCACAAGUCAUGUUUAUUUUGAUGUUUUGAGUCUUCCUUGUUCUCAUUUGUUCUCAAAGAACAAACUUCGUCCUGAUUUAGCUCUGAACAUUGAAUAACUAGUCUUUUUAGAAGACAUUUUAAGGUAAAAAAAUGCAAUGUUCAACUUUCAAACUCUUGUGAAAACUGGCGAUCGGCCCCGGACCGGCGAAAAGUUUUUUACUGAGUUUUUUUGUACUUACAACUGGUAAAUGUAUUCAAAGUGUUACUAACAGCAAAGGAAUUCAGUGAAACAGCAUCGUGCGCCGGUUCAAACUGUUUUAACUUGUCAACAACAACAUGAAAACACACAAGUUACGACUGAAAACGAAUAUAAAACUAUGUAGAAAAGCCAAAAAGUUCAUACAUGUCACACAUAUCUUAUACCAAACGACCGACAAUCACCUGUUUUCUUGGCGUUAUCCCGAGUUAGCAUGAAAAACCAAAUAUAUUUGCAUUUCUAAGCAAGAAAACACAAUAUAUAUUUGAUAUUUCGACGAGACUAAAAACUUUUUUGUGCGUGUUUUUCUGGAGAUGCGCCUGCGAAAACAUGUACGCGCAUGUCAAUUCAUUGAUCUUGCAGAGUGUGAAAAACUUUGGCCGCGCGGAAUAAAACCGUGAUUAUUUCCAAAACGAGUUCGGUAAGGUACCCUGAAAAUUUGUACAUGAGUAGAUACAUGCUUCAAGAUUUCAUGAUGGAAAAAUAAAAAAAAAUUGUCGACAGAAACUGUCAAAAAAGUCGAAAUUUAAUUCUAAAGAAUGGACCUUUCCCCUUAUAACUAAAAUUUCGAUCUAGACAAAAAUUUCAUCACAGCUUGAAAGAGCAUCACAAAAUUAGUAAUAUUCCGAUAAUAUAGCCUUGCGAAGUUUGCCGUUUUUCAGUCAUUUUGUAUUACAAACGGGAAAUUGACAUACGAUUCGGGUGUUGGGGCUGCAAUUUCCCGUUUGUAAUCUAAAAUGACUGAAAAUUGCAAAUUUCGCAAGGCUAUAUUAUCCGCAUUUUACAACAUUUCGCAACGAAACUUUGGAAUAUUACUAAUUUUGUGAUGCUCUUUCAAGCUGUGAUGAAAUAUUUGUCUAGACUUGCCUAGAUCAAAAUUUUGGUUAUAAGGGGAAAGGUCUAUUGAGUCGACAGAUUUUUUUUAAACUUCCCAGAAAUGUUUCUCGACACUAACGUAACUGAUUUAUUAAAAAAAAAGUUGGGGUCACCGAACUCAUUUUUUAAAAAAACUCGAAAAACUGCGAUAUUUUCGGCUAUUUAGUGUUGCCAGUAUUCGUUAUAGUUGUCAUGGAAACGCGACUUUUAUCAGAAUUCUUCUUGUCUGUGACACGUCUUACUAUGUGUUACAAUUAUAAGUAAAACUUAACCCUGUAAAAGCAUUUAAACAGAAAAUAUUCAACUUUUGCUCCUUUGGCUAAAAAGUGUAUUGAGCCACCUUAAACGUGCUUAAAAAACGACGACCCAUCUUAUGAGUUCAUUGGCGAAGUAAUUUUAAAAAUAAACAUCGUCUAAGCCGAGAAAAUCAAAGCUGAAGUUUAUGUAAAUCAGGACAAAUCUUUGUCCGAUUUACAAACAUUGAUUAAUUAAACAUUAAUUUCUUUUGUAUUUUCCUCAUGAAUUAUUAAUACGUUUUUUAAAUCAUGUUAUCAUUAUUCAUUUCUUUAGAAAUUGAUUGUUUUCAAGGUCUAUGAACACGGAAAUAUUUGCAUUGCAUGAUCAAAUUGUCUGGCUUCGCCACUGCCUUGAGGGAAUCGACAAAAUUAAUUAAACGUUUGUUCACACUCGAUUAGAAAUGGACAACUUGAAUGUUAGACUAAAUUUUAAUCUAAGUAAAGAGAAGGGAAUCGAACAUAACAGCUAAAAAGAACAUAAUGAAAUUUGGUAAAAUUGCAAAGUUUGCAAACUUUUUUAUAUGUUUGCAUUACGUGCGGAAAUUGUUAUAGCCUGCGUGCAGGCCCAAGGGAACUGAUAGUGGGCCUGCAACCAUCACCCCAUGUUUUCGAUUUUCGCCGGCCGAACCGCCGGCUAAAUUCCCAUUGGCUAGCUGAGGCGAUCGGUAAUUAAUUAACCUAGCGUGCAGGCCCAAGGGAACAGUGAUUCAUCACAAAGGCAUAGACAAAGGCUCUCGAUAAGCUUAAAAUUUGAAAAUUGAUUACUUUUCGAUUACAAAUGGAACAAGAACAGACUGUUUAUUGUUUACUUGAAGGAAGACAUGUUUUUGCCGUUAUGCCAAUGGGGAUUGCUUGUCGUGAGGUGUUGGAAUAGCAAAUUACGACUGGGGUAAACUAUAGUAACCUUUACUUGAGUUUCAUUAAUUUCAAACAGACUUCAGUUGAUACGUUAUGUGUUCUCACUUCCUCAAGAAAAUUAUCUUUUGGUUGAUGUUGAGAUGCAGUUGCAUGUAAGGACUGUAAGCCUAUUCGAAACACUUUGCGAUAUACAAGGCUUCGCUGAGAGAGCGAAACAGAAGGCGGUAUUAAAUUGCCGUUCGAAACGAAACGAUCCGGACUCGGAACGCUCUCUUCUUUUGUAGAGUUCUUUACCAAAUGAAAUAACUGAAAUAAAUUUCGUACUUUCCGCCGCCAACAAGAAUUGCACACACGAUCUGAUAAGUGAGACAAUUUAUGUAUAACAAUGCCAAUGGCGAUAGCGAAGCACACAUAAUAUAAAUCCUUAUGUGGGCGCACGACUUCCCUCAUGAUUUGAAGUUUGAGGCUGGUUUUCUGUUGAAAUUCGUCCUAAUUUGCCUGUUCCGAUUUUAGUUGAAAAUGAGCACUUGCAAAUUUGGCAAUUACUGACUGCGUUGCUUGCUUUUUUGGAGUUAAAACGCAGCCAUUUACACAUUGUUUAUUAGUGUUCUGAAUAAGCAGAGAAAUCCCCGCAACAUUUUAAUGCGAGUUUGUUUGUUAAUAUUUGGGUGCUGUCAUUGGUUCUUUUUUGACAAUUGACGCGCGAAUGGGGCGUGUUAUGAAAAGGGGCGUAUUUCAAAAUACCGGGCGAUGGUUGCAGGCCCACUAUCAGUUCCCUUGGGCCUGCACGCAGGCUAAAAUUGUUACCAAUUACCAAUUUCGGCUCAAAAAUGGUAACAAUUUCCGCACGUAACACAAACAUAUACAAAAUAUGCAAACUUCGCAAGGCUAUAUUUUCCGUAUUUUACAACAUGUCGUAACCAAAUUUUGCAGUUUUACUAAUUUUAAUAAGUUCAUUACGGGAAUUUACUUUUUUUGCCUAGAUCAAAAAUUAGCCUAACAUGCAAGUAUUCUAUUGCUAUGGCAUAACUGACAUGUCUAGUUUACAGAAACACGAAAUAGAAUCUAUACAUGGCAUGCUUUCGUAAACUACACACGUUAAAACGCAUAAGUUGUAACAAACUUGCAGCAGACUUGUAGCAAUGCUGUUUCAACAACUUGUCAACAGGAUGUGUUCGCACUGCUUGUUCCCAGCUUUGUUGACAAGUUCUUGCUACAAGGUUGUUGAACUCAACAACUGGGAACAAGCAGUGCGAAGACAACUUGUUGACAGCUUGUGAACAGAUAACAAGUUUGGAACAAGCUGUUAACAAUUUGUAACAACCUUGUUGAUAUUAAUAUCAGACUUGUCACAAGGUUGUUCUAACAAGUCUGAUACAGUCUUGAUAAACAAGAAUGUUAGUUGACGACACAAGGUUGUAACAAUACAGCUAUAUCAUAACUGUAUCGGACUUGUUGGAACAACCUUGUAACAAGCCUGAUAAUAUGAACAAGGUUGUUACAAAUUGUUAACAGCUUCUUCCAAACUUGUUGACGACUUGUGACAAGCAGUGCGAAGACAACUUGGCGACGGCUUGUUGACAAACUUGUUACAAGAUGUGAGAUUUUUGCGUGUGUACAAGAUGAACAGAUCACAUCACAUCAAAAUUAAUCACGCACAAAAUUUUCCUUUCUUCAGGUAUUUGUGAAGAAUCGUGGCCGAGACAUCCCAGGAAGUCCAUUCCGCGUCAAAGUGGAUGCACCAAAAUGGGGUGGCGCAGGGAAAUGUUCCGCUGCGGGGCCUGGAUUAGAGCGAGGUGUCGUCAACCAACCAGCGAACUUCACGGUUUGGACGCGUGACGCCGGCCCUGGAGGCUUAGCGGUCGCGAUUGAAGGACCAGCGAAGACGGAAAUCGAUUGCAAAGAUAAUGGCGAUGGAUCGUGCAGUAUCACCUACGUGCCGACGGAGCCAGGCGAAUACACCGUCCACGUCCGAUUCGCCGACGAGAACAUUCCGGGAGCUCCGUUUAAGGUGUUCGUAACGGCGGAAGAAGACGAACGAUUCCGAGAUCUGAGCGUGUCGGACAUGGUCGAAGGUGGAAUCGCUGUCGGACAACCGGCUUCGUUUUCGGUGCAAACCAACGGACCUGUCGGAGAGGUCACCGCGUCCGUCCUCGCGCCCUCCGGUUCCGAAAGUCCGGCGACUGUUUCCGACCGCGGUAACGGCAGCUACGCGAUCCGGUUCGUUCCGAAAGAGGUCGGUGACCAUCUCAUAAGUGUUCGAUUCGAUGGAAUCCACAUUCCCGGCUCUCCAUUCAAGGUUAAAGUCGGUGGCGGUGAAAGUUUUCCAGGGAAAGUAAAGGCUUAUGGUCCUGGAUUGGAAGGCGGAGUUGCGGGUCAGGAAACGUACUUCACCGUGGAUGCUUUACGAGCGGGAACGGGAGCCUUGUCGCUGUCGGUUGACGGCCCGGCUAAAGUACGAAUGAACUGUACGGAAAACCCGGAUGGUACCUACCGAGUUACCUACCAUCCUCUUAUCGCCGGUGAUUAUAAGAUCACCAUCAAAUUCGCCGACCAAAACAUCCCGAAAAGCCCUUACAAUGUCACAAUUAAGGGAGACGGCGCUUCGGCUUUCGCCGAAAAGUGCAAGCCGGUUGGAACGGGGCUACAUCGAGCUGUUAUCGGAGAACCGAACGCCUUUACGGUGAACUGCAGCGAUGCCGGACGCGGAUCUUUAAUGGUCGGAGUAGAGGGACCGGCGAUUCCAGCGAAAGAAAUCAAGAUUAAACACACCGGAGGGAAAGUCUACGCCGUCAAUUACACCCUCGAAGAACCAGGCGAAUACGUUCUGAAGGUGUUGUGGGGAGAGAAACACAUUCCCGGAUCCCCCUUCCAUGUAACUGUGUAACGAUACGAAAAAAAAACCCUAGGCGAAAUAACCCUAGAGUAAUUCCAACGCAGUGGUCGCUACGACGGACUGCUAAAUUAACUGAAUUAGUUUUGAUAGUGUAAUUUUUUACUCCAUGUAAUACUCCACUAGAAACAUUGCGAAGUAUUUAGGCGUUGUUGUAAUCGUGUGGAGUUGGAUAUUAGGAUAUGUGACAUUUUUGGAUAUUUCUGGUUUUUGUAUUUAGAUCUUGUAAUCUCUGUGUAUCGUCGCGUGUCUUAGGUUAGCUAGUGUGUAUUUUUCUCAUCAAAUUUGUAUCGAGAAUAUGAUUUUUGAAUAGCAAAUAAUAAUAUCUUUAAUGAAUCAGUG